AUGAGCCACCUCCUCGCGCCGCGGCUGCCCGCGCUGGCCGCGCCCGUGCUGUACCUGUGCGGCGCCGAGGGCGCGGGGCUGGCGCGGGCCGAGCCGCCGCAGAAGCCGCCCUACAGCUACAUCGCGCUCAUCGCCAUGGCCAUCCAGGACGCGCCCGAGCGGCGCCUGACGCUCAGCGGCAUCUACCGCUUCAUCAUGGAGCGCUUCCCCUUCUACCACGACAACCGGCAGGGCUGGCAGAACAGCAUCCGCCACAACCUGUCGCUCAACGAGUGCUUCGUCAAGGUGCCGCGCGAGAAGGGCCGGCCGGGCAAGGGCAGCUACUGGACGCUCGACCCGCGCUGCCUGGACAUGUUCGAGAACGGCAACUACCGGCGGCGCAAGCGGAAGCCCAGGGCGGCCCCCGGCGCGCCCGACGCCAAGCGCGCGCGCGCCGCGCCCACGCCCGUCGGGGCGCCCGCGGCGGCGGGGGGCGCGGGGCGCGCGGCCCCCGGGCUCCCCGCGCCGCCGCCCGGGCCCGAGGGCGAGGGCCGCGCCGCGCGCCCGGGCUCCCCGGCGCGCCCCGCGCGCGGCGGCUCCCCGCCGGGCGCGGGCCGGGCCCCCAGCUUCAGCAUCGACAGCAUCCUGGCGGGCCCGCGGGGCCGGGCGCCCGCGGCGGGGGGCCCGCUCCCGGGGCCCGCCAAGCCGGGGCCCAGCGGCGGCUGCCUGGGCGCCUCGCUGCUGGCCACCGCGUCCGGCCUGCGGCCGCCUUUCAACGCGUCGCUGAUGUUCGACCCGCACGUGCAGGGCGGCUUCUGCCAGCUGGGCAUCCCCUUCCUCUCCUGCCUCCCGCUGCCGCUCCCCGACGCCCUGUUCCACCUCCAGUAGAGCGCG